CUCCCCGGCUGGGUCCCUCUCCCCUCCCUUUGGCGGUUCCUCCCUCCUCCGGCAGCCAGGCAGCAUGGCGGCGGUGGAGACGCGGGUGUGCGAGACGGACGGCUGCAGCAGCGAGGCCAAGCUCCAGUGUCCCACCUGCAUCAAGCUGGGCAUCCAGGGCUCGUACUUCUGCUCGCAGGAAUGCUUUAAAGGAAGCUGGGCCACUCACAAGUUACUACAUAAGAAAGCAAAAGAUGAAAAGGCAAAGCGAGAAGUAUGUUCCUGGACUGUAGAAGGUGAUGUUAACACUGACCCAUGGGCAGGCUAUCGGUACACCGGUAAACUCAGACCACACUAUCCACUGAUGCCCACACGGCCCGUGCCCAGUUACAUUCAGAGGCCGGACUAUGCUGACCAUCCCUUAGGAAUGUCUGAAUCUGAACAGGCUCUUAAAGGUACCUCUCAGAUUAAGUUACUCUCCUCUGAAGACGUAGAAGGGAUGCGACUUGUGUGUAGGCUUGCCAGAGAAGUUUUGGACAUUGCUGCUGGGAUGAUUAAAGCGGGUGUAACUACUGAAGAAAUCGACCACGCUGUACACUUAGCAUGCAUUGCAAGAAAUUGCUAUCCUUCUCCCCUGAAUUACUAUAACUUCCCAAAGUCUUGUUGUACCUCAGUGAAUGAAGUCAUCUGCCAUGGGAUUCCAGACAGGCGGCCUUUGCAAGAAGGUGAUAUUGUUAAUGUGGACAUCACUCUUUACCGAAAUGGUUACCACGGAGAUCUAAAUGAGACCUUUUUCGUUGGCGAUGUGGAUGAAGGAGCACGGAAACUUGUUCAGACUACAUACGAAUGCCUGAUGCAAGCCAUCGAUGCAGUGAAGCCUGGUGUUCGAUACAGAGAACUGGGAAACAUCAUUCAGAAACACGCCCAAGCAAAUGGAUUCUCGGUUGUUCGAAGCUAUUGUGGGCAUGGGAUCCACAAACUUUUCCAUACAGCCCCCAAUGUACCGCACUAUGCCAAAAAUAAAGCAGUUGGCGUGAUGAAGUCGGGUCAUGUGUUUACAAUUGAGCCAAUGAUUUGUGAAGGUGGAUGGCAGGAUGAGACCUGGCCAGAUGGCUGGACUGCAGUGACGAGGGACGGGAAGCGAUCCGCUCAGUUUGAGCACACCCUGCUGGUCACGGACACUGGCUGUGAAAUUCUCACCCGGAGACUUGAUAGCUCUCGGCCUCAUUUCAUGUCCCAGUUUUAAUUUCUCUCAAGAUGCCUAACAUACGAACACCAUCUCGUACUGUGCAUUUUAUUGAAAGUAUGGAAAUGAAGUUUUUUUUUUUUUUUUUUUUUUUUUUUAAAUCACUCGUUUUGUUUUGACUGUGGAUAAGAGUGGACUAUAGCAUUUGGUGUGUGUCCUCAAGAGCUUUUGGGUCUGAAAGCUGAGAAGAAUAAAGGAAACAUUGCUUACUUCUUUCCAUCCCUGGCCUCACCCCCUCAGUUUUCUGUACCUUGUUUUCUUCUUUGCCCCUUGAGCACUUUGACCUAAACCUGCUCUCACUGCUUUAUCACUGCCACAGACCAGCCACCAAGGGCCAGCUGCUUCUCAAGAGAAGGUUGGAGAUGAGAAAUCUUGAAACUUUAGCAACAUGUUGCUCCAGAUUUUUAUUAUAUAUUGAUAUAUAUGGAAAUAUAUAUGCUUACAUUUUAAAUUCCAUAUACGUGAUUACUGAACACUAUAUUACCUUCGGUCUGGGUUGAUUCUGCUUUGACAGGAUAUCUGCUCUCAAAAACGGACCCAUAACUCGUCAGUGAGUGAUUCCUAGUUAGGACCUGGUCACCUCUCACCCCCAUGCUGUUCAUUUAUCUUGUAUGUCUGCAGGGACGACUCUGCGCAGUGUGGACUGUGUGUCAGUGAGUGAGAGGUUAUCAGACUUUAAGGUCUGGUGUAUGGUAAAAAGGAAGUGGCCGGCAGCUACGGGGUAGUUUUACAAUGCACUGCGGCUUUACACCUGUGGAACACUCAAGAGAACAGGCAGUUGUCCUGUGGCAGAUGAUGGGGCAGAGUUCCAAAAUGUCCCCAGGUGUGCGCACAGCCGUGGGUGGCUGUGGCUUUACCAUUAGUAAACGUAACAGAAUGAGGAAGGAACUUGCUGCAGUACUGUAAACACUCAGUAUGCCUGCUGCUGUCCUGUAUUGCAAAUGCACCUCUCCUCUGUCGAGUCGAGGUGCCCGGAAUCUGUGCUCCUCGGUGGUGGUGGUUCAAACACGAAUGGAUGCGGUGGAGACACACCAGAUGAUAAAGUUGUCAGGAGAGUAUCCUUGAUUGCUGGGUGUCUCAUGACUUACAGUAUAAUUUGAUACCACUGACACAUACUUCAAGAUAUCUUUCCCAGAGUGCCUCAGACCUUAUUGCUUUAAGAGAAUGAUGAUAAUGUUCUCAUGACUUUAUUUUAAUGAUUUAGUAAAGUGAUUGAAUCUGGUGUAGACUUCUGGGUAUGUGUGUGUUUAAAGUUUUUAUCAAACUGUAAUAUUUGUGAAUGGAAUGCCUUGUAAUAUGAAUGUUAAUAUAAUAUGUAAAGGGAGAUUAAACGUUUGAAUGAUUA